GACAUGGGCUACUAAGCAUGGGCCAGCUUUUGAGUUCUUGCACAUAACUUGGGACUUGCUAACUUAGCGCCAAUUUGCCGACUACUCCAAAAUGUAAUGGUUAUCAUGUGCCAUACCAACUUAUUGCAAAUUCCGAUUUAUUGGAUGCCAGAGAGUCCUAGUCUCCUCAGAUAGGACGUUUCCACAUCUUCUUGAGUUAAUAUGUUUGCCCUAUCAUGCUAAUGUUUAUUUCCCCAAGUGCAGAAAUUACCAGAGAUCAACACAGUAAAGUUAAUUUCUUUAAAGUAUCAGAAUAUAUAUAUGAUUAAUUAAAUACUGAAGAACUGUAGUGAUUCUUCGUAUGUUCGUCUACCAGCCAAUCAGUUAUCUCGUAGAUUUCCCUCUGUUUCCCAAGUGUUUGGCUAUGAAUAAGCUAAGACUCAAGGGCUAGGAGAACUGUACUUAUCAUUAUUGCUGAUUGAUGAGAUUGUUGGGAUUCUUGUGAGUUCAACUUUUUAUCUCCUUACUGCUGGCUGGCUACCUUAAAAUUUCAUGGUUUAGCUGGACCAUAUAUUGUUCAGAUCACUCCUGGUGUGAUUGGGUGAAGGACUGUCUUACAGAAAUUGCAUUGUUGAUAUGAAUUAUGCUUCCUGCCACUGAAUAAAUUUACUCUUAUUAUGUCUGGCAGCUAUCAUGGGGUGUUCAGUAUGCUAGAAUUUCACGCAACCUUUGGCCAUACCAAUAGGAUUUCAUAGUUUUAGAUAGUUUGAGUCUUUGAGGUUUCUUCCUAAUCUAGAUUUAUCUUUUUUUCAGUGGUUUGCAGGCAAUUACAGCUACCAAAUAGCACUUAGCAACACAGAAGCUGGUGUUGUCAAUAUUAUUUCAUCAACAUCUGGAUUGUUUACCUUGAUUCUUGCUGCCAUAUUUCCAUCAUCCUUAACAGACAAGUUUACUCUCUCCAAAUUGGCCUCAGUUCUUCUUAUGGUUGCAGGUGUGGUUUUAGUUAGUUUGGAAGACCUCAACCUUGAAAGUUCAGUUGUGCCUGUUGGUGUGGUAUGGUCAAUAGCUGGAGCUAUUCUUUAUGCCUGUUACAUGGUCUUCCUGAAGCACAAGGUUCCAACUGAAGAUCGUAUGGAUUUUACUAUGUUCUUUGGAUUUGUGGGCUUUUUCAAUACCAUCAUUCUGUGGCCUGGGUUCCCCCUGUUGGAUGUUUUUGGAUGGGAGACAUUUCAGUUGCCAAAUCUGCAACACCUGUUCUACAUGUCUGUUAAUGGCUUAGUAGGAACUGUCCUGUCUGAACUUCUUUGGCUUUGGGGAUGCUUCCUUACUUCAUCAUUGAUGGCUACUUUAUCUUUGAGCUUAACUAUUCCCUUGACAAUGUUUGUGGACAUCUGGCUCAAGGGCAUCAAGUAUUCACUGCUAAUUUAUAUUGGUGCAUUUCCCAUGAUGACAUCUUUUAUUGCUGUCUCACUUCUCACACAUUAUGAAAGCUGGGACCCAUUGAUGGAUGGAAUGAAAUAUCUUCAUAGAAAGUGUUGGAGAAGAAACCACAUGUACAGGUAAAUUUAACUUUAUAUAAUUUUCUUUGUAGUUGAAGCUGAUGGUAUACAAUAUUAAAGAAAUAUAAAUUUUGAAUUACAGUAUAGAUAAUAGAUGUACACUUAAGUUAUAUUUUUUCUCCAGAUCUUGUAGAAAAUAUGAUAAGUUUUUGUCUCGUAAAUGUUAUAUUGCUUUUAAUUUCUGCAUAUUGGCAUCCAUCCAAGUGUUUGCCUUGGAUGAAUCUGUAUACUGUACAGGGGCCCCUGAAUAAUGAACGGGUUACAUUUCAGGACCUGUUCAUAAGUUGAUUUAUUCAUAACUCAGAACCUUGUUAAUAACGCAAAAUAAAAUAUGAAUAAAACACCCAUCCUUAUCUGUCAAAUCAUAAAAUUUAUAAUGCCAUAAGUAACAAAUAAUGUAUGGAGGUGUGCUGCUGAACAAAGUAGUUUUACCUUGGGAAGUACAGUACCAGUGAUUUUAUUAUGAGUAGUAUUAGGAUCACAAUAAUUCCAUGCUUGUUGUUUGACAUCAUAAGAUGGGUGUACAGUAGGGAGAUGGUGAUGGUUAGUUGUUGAUCGGUGGUAAAGAGAAUACGACAUGCACGAUUCUCAAUAAAUCAUUUCUUACCAUAUUUUAUGUUAUGUACAGUACAGUACUCUUGUGAAUGCAGUACUCUACUGCUGUGACGCCAUCGUGGAUGAAAAUAGGCAUACGUACUAUAGUUAAAAAAGUCAAUCUUUGCGAUGUUCAGACCCUAGCCCUCUUUCCCAUAAGAAGUUCAGUAAAGAAUGAUUCACAACUAAUUGAGGUUUCAGGAACCUAAUAUCAUUCUUUAUCGAGGGUCCAGUAAUGUAUAUUGACACCAGUGUAAUUCAUAAGUUGCUUGGCUAUCUAAAUACGUAUCGUCAAUUUAUUGUCAAACGACAUUUCUAAUAGUAUUACUCGUAACAGAAUAUGUACCAUUGUUGCCACAUGGUACAGUAUCUGAAUUUUAAAUAGUUUUAUAGUGGUUUGAUAACAAAGGUUUAAAGUACAUUAUAUAAAGGAUCAACAAACCAUCCUUCUCCCUUAUCUCAGUAUGUUUAUCGCUUCUCUGUGCUUGUUUGAGAAGAAAAGAAAUCAUUACAAUACUCUAAUGUGGCUUAGAAAUAAAGAAAUUAUAAAACUAAAAAAAAAAAAAAA